AUGUCUGAUUGCGAAUUCAAAUCAGAAUCUUCAUUCGUAUGCUCCUUUUACACUUUGCUCCGUGAUUUUGUGAAUUUUCUUCUAGAAUUCGAAAUUCAUAUCGCUGCUGGAUGUAUUUUAAUAAAUUCGUUUCAUAUUUUAGUCUUAACCCGAAAACCUAUGAGAUCAUCUUCCAUAAAUAUUAUUUUGUGUUUUCUAGCAUUAUCGGACUUGUAUUCCCAAUUUUAUAUCAUUGAGCAGAAAAUUAAAAACUAUUAUGAGAACUUGGAAGUUUCUUGUUUGUCUGGAACUUCUUAUUUUUCCGUUUUACUGGAUAUUUUGCUAAAAUUACUUCGAGAAUUUUCUCGAAGAUCUUCCACGUGGCUCAGUUUCAGUAUUGCUUUGAUUCGAACGCUAGUUAUUCAGAAUCCAAUGAAUCCGAAGUUCGAAAAACUUUCAAAUGCAAAAUCAGGAUUUAUAUUUAUCCUAAUUAUCUGGCUUAUCAAUCUAGUUAUCACAACUUUUGGAUAUUUUCAAUUCAUAAUUUUAUUCGAAAAAAUCCUUGAUGACUGUGGCCCGAAGCCUAGAAAGUCGAAAAGUUAUUUUUUUGGCUUUUCAGAAUUUUUCAUGGGAAAUGAGGAAUUGGUCUAUAAAAUUUACACCGACUUUGAUGCAAUUAUUUCAAAACAUAAUUCUGGAAAAACUACAAAACUUGUGUUAUGUCUAACUUUAACAUUUUUCAUUGCCGAGUUCCCAUUGGCUGUAAUUCCAGCCUUGGAACCUUAUUAUUCGGAAGCAUAUGGAUUACUAACGCUUCUUUAUUAUUUUAACUUUUUAUUCACAAUUAUUCUAUCCUUUAAUACAUCCAGUCACAUGAUAAUUUGUCUUUUAAUGUCUUCUCAAUAUCGAGAAAAUGCGAAAAAUGUGAUCUGCUGUGGUUUUAAUAAUAUAAAGAAAAACAAGCCCAGUGUGGUUUCUGUGAGAACUUCAAAUCAGAUGGAUUAG